CAUAUUAAACCUCGCUUGAAGUUCUCUUUCAGAGCCGCCAAGUGCCAACACAACUCUUCUCCUAUCAUCUCUCAUCAAUGGCGGCCGCUUCUUCCUUCUUCAGAUCCUCAUUCCUCUCUCCCUCUCCUCAACACAAACCUAAAUCUCACCCCUCCGCCGCCCCACAUUUCAUCACUCCCAUCAAAGCCACCGCCACUUCCGAGCAGCCCCAAAAGCACCGGCGUCCGGCGGACCUGAACAUCCGCGAAGAGGCGAGCCGGAUCUCGUCCUCCCACAACUUCUCCGCCCGCUACGUCCCCUUCAAUGCCGACCCGGACUCCACCGAGUGGUAUUCCCUGGACGAGAUCGUGUACCGCAGCCGCUCCGGCGGGCUGCUCGAUGUCCAGCACGAUAUGGAUGCUUUGAAGAAGUUCGACGGCCAGUACUGGCGCUCCCUCUUCGACUCCCGCGUCGGGAAGACCACGUGGCCGUACGGCUCCGGCGUCUGGUCUAAGAAGGAGUGGGUCCUCCCCGGGAUCGAUGGCGACGAUAUAGUCAGCGCUUUCGAGGGGAACUCUAAUCUCUUCUGGGCUGAGCGUUACGGGAAACAGUUUCUGGGGAUGAAUGACCUGUGGGUGAAACACUGCGGGAUUAGCCACACCGGGAGCUUUAAAGAUCUGGGCAUGACGGUUUUGGUGAGCCAGGUGAACCGGCUGCGGAAAAUGAAGAAACCGGUGGUCGGCGUGGGCUGCGCUUCCACCGGCGACACCUCGGCGGCGCUAUCGGCCUAUUGCGCCUCCGCUGGGAUCCCGUCCAUCGUCUUCCUCCCCGCAAAUCGGAUAUCCCUUGCCCAAUUAGUCCAGCCUAUCGCGAAUGGCGCAUUCGUGUUAAGCAUCGACACAGAUUUCGACGGGUGUAUGCAGAUGAUUCGCGAAGUCACAUCGGAAUUGCCCAUUUACUUAGCCAAUUCCCUCAACAGUUUGAGACUCGAGGGCCAGAAAACGGCGGCCAUUGAGAUUUUGCAGCAAUUCGAUUGGCAAGUCCCAGAUUGGGUGAUAGUUCCAGGUGGAAACUUAGGGAAUAUUUACGCAUUCUACAAAGGGUUUCACAUGUGCAAAGAAUUAGGGCUUGUUGACAGGAUUCCCAGGCUGGUUUGUGCUCAAGCCGCCAAUGCUAAUCCUCUUUACUUGCAUUACAAAUCCGGGUGGAAAGACUUCAAGCCCGUCAAAGCAAGUUCCACUUUUGCAUCCGCCAUUCAGAUUGGUGACCCUGUAUCUAUAGAUAGAGCUGUUUUUGCUCUCAAGAACUCAAAUGGCAUUGUCGAGGAGGCCACCGAGGAAGAAUUGAUGGAUGCCACGGCCCAGGCAGACUCAACCGGGAUGUUCAUAUGCCCUCACACCGGGGUGGCAUUGACUGCUCUAAUCAAGUUAAGGAACAAAGGGGUGAUCGGAGCAACGGAUAGGACUGUUGUGGUUAGCACAGCUCAUGGGCUCAAGUUUACUCAGUCCAAGAUUGAUUAUCAUUCGCAGGACAUAAAGGACAUGGCUUGCCGCUUUGCAAACCCGCCUGUGCAGGUGAAAGCGGAUUUUGGUUCUGUCAUGGAUGUUCUUAAGAAAUACUUGUUGAGCAAAGAUUCCAAGAAGUAGGUAAUUUUUUCGUUUUGGUUAUAUAUAUUCUCUGGCAGGAUAGUAAGUUUUGCUCAUCUUCUAUUGUUGUUUACAUGCUAUAUUAUGUAGAAUAUGGUUGAAUAAUUUGUAGGGCCUGGGAAUUUGUUGUUCUAAACAUAUGUUGUGUGAAGACUAUACAACUCAUGAAGCUUUUUUUAUGGAGUUGUGCUUAUUUGCUUCAAUGUUUGUUUCA